ACCACUAAGCACUUCCCGUGACGUGUCCCGUUUAGGCCAAUCAAAGCGGGCGUAUUUUAAUAUUAGUCAUUUGAGGCAGUCAUCGCCAGUUUAUACACUGUGUUGUGAAUAAUGGCGUUCAAUUGUACAGUGUAUAUGGCCUAGGCCUAGAUUGAUAGCGUUGCUGAGACGAGCCAUCGACGGCAACGAGCUUUUAUUCGCCGCUAGCGAGGCAUCACAUAAACGAACAUCGUAUUUGAGAAAAUAUAAUUAACAAGCUACCCUCCACAAUGCCAGUUUUCAAAAUAUGGAGCAGAAGUCGACUGAAGAAAAAGUCAGUAGUAGCCAACACCAUCUUGGAGCUGGUAGCAAAAGGAAAGAAGAAGCUAGAUAUUACUGGUUCAGUCACCGUUGUAAUGGAAGAAGACGGAACUGAAGUUGACGAUGAUGAAGUACUAAUGGAAUUAAAAGGGACGCCUUUGAUUUUCCUAAAGGAAGGGCAGCGGUGGAUCGCUGCUGGAAUGCCGGACGCGUACGACGCUACGUCUGUCGCUACAUGCGUCACCAGUGUUGCUCUGGGCGGCGCCGUGCCGAAAGGCGUUUCAGGUGAUGCAAGUCUAUCAGGGGAAUUGUGUAAUGAAAGUACCGUUCAAAACCAAGACGAUGGCUCCUCCGCUAAUGAUUCGAUAUCCCCGCUGCCCUUGCCUCAGUUUUCCCCAACAGUACUCUUCCACUUGGAAAAUGGUACGUGUGAAAACGUCUGGGAAAAGAUGAUAUCGGAAGCAGGCGACUUCUACAUGCAUUCAUCGACUCCUGACUUACACCAGACUUACCAGUAUCAAUUGGUUGGCAAAAUGAUGUACACAAGGUACCCGGCAAUAGGCCAAAGUGGCCCACAUCCAUGGAGUCGAUUCACGUCAAACCUGAGCCGAAGAAUGCGACACGUAAGAUGGAAAAGAAAAAAGAAAGGGUCCCUAUGCAACGUAUUGCUUCCGAAGUCAAGGCAUCAGUUUCUUCAGCCACAUGAUGUAAAUCCACCAACCAACGAGAGUGUAACGUAUGAGGUUGAGCCAAUGGUUUAUAACGACCAAAUGGAGAAUGACUUGAGAAAACAAAUCACAAAGUUCGAAACACAGGAUGAAUGUAAUGAAUAAAUGUAUAGAUAUAAUUAAUAAUUUUUUUAAAUAAUUCAUUAUAUAAAUGCAAUGAUGAAUUAUAUUAAUCAGUAAUUACAUUUAUGUAAUUAUAGAUAAAAAUAUCUAUAUAAUUAAUCAUUAUGUAUAUAGUAAUUAUAUUAAUAGAACUUAUUAUGAUAGAAACAAUAUACGGUAGGCAUCAAAAUCAAUACAAUUCCAGAGACGAAUCCAGAUUGUUUUUUUUUUCUUGCCUGGGUGGCACGAGUUGUAAUCGAGGACGUGAGGUCCGAUGGUGGAGAGAGAAAGGUAUAGAGGUGUUCCCUUUCCUAUUCGCAGUUUUACUUUUUUUAAUUCUCUUAUUAUUUCACACUUGGUCAGUUUGCUUGCGAUUUGUUUAUUUCUAGUAAAUUUAAAUACCGUACCAAAACACGACUUCUGCUCGGAAAUAACGAAAUGUACAAAUUCUAUAGAAAUAGGCCUAAUAAUGAUAACAUUUGAUGAAAUAUGUAAUCCUUACCUAAAAAGAGCUUGGCAAACAAGAAAUAAAAUCAUGAAUGAAUAUAACGUAAAUAACAGUUAAACAAUAAGUAGUUUUCACCGCACGACGUUAACCUUAACUUUAACGUUAGUACCCAACAUGCAGCGCGAUAGCUCCCUUUUGUAAAAAAAAAAAAAUCGAAAUACGCAUGCGCAAACCCGUCACUAACGUACGUUCUGAAAUUAACGUACUCCUCAACGCAAGAUGAAUAAAUUAUGACGUCAUUCGUUAACGUUGCGGUUAACGUCGUGCGGUGAAAACUGCCUAAUAUGUAAACAACGACUCUGAAGUUUAACGCUGUUUCAAUGAUUCUUAACCCAUUAUAAUUCUUUUUAUAAACAAUUUUAACAACCUGUUUUAACAAGCUUUAAAUGUUUUUAUUUGACUAUUUGGCUGCUGCGGAGGAAGCGCCCAUUUUGCCACAAAAUUCAAGUGCAGUAAUUGAGUUCGGUGUUGAAGUUUAAAUUUCAUAAUUACUUUCAUUUGUUUUGCUAGUUCACCCAUCGUUUAUCCGCCAAAAACUGGCACUUUACUGUUAAUAAAUGUUAAGUUUCUUUA